AUGACACCAAUUUACUUCAGCUUCACCUCAGCCUUCACCCUAGGGCUCACAGGCCUGGCCUUCCACCGCACCCAUCUUUUAUCAGCCCUUUUAUGCCUAGAAGGAAUAAUACUUUCCCUAUUUAUUGCCCUAGCCCUAUGAACUUUUCAAUUAGAAUCAACUGCCUUUUCAGCAUCCCCCAUUCUAUUAUUAGCCUUCUCAGCUUGUGAAGCAGGGGCUGGUCUAGCCCUACUAGUUGCCACAGCUCGAACGCACGGAACAGAUCGACUACAAUCCCUUAACCUUCUACAAUGCUAA